AUGAAGGCAUUCUUCGCUGUCCCCGCGCUCUUCGCAGCCGCCGCCGUCGCCGCGGCCGACCCAAGCUGGUCCUUCACCUUCACCUUCUCCGACGCCCAAAGCACCUGGACGUCUGCCACCGUGGCAACCGCCGCUCCCAACGCGACCACGGCCGUGCCGACGUCCAGCGCCUGGGACCAUCCGUCGGACUGGAUCUCGACCACCAAGUACAACGCGACGUACAGCUCCGGAACCAGCACCUGGCUGGUCCCCCAGACCAUCUCCUACAGCGUCGGCGAGACUCGCACCAGCAUGCUGGCCGCGACCGUCACUCCUCCGUCCAGCGGCAGCAACGCCACCGUGGCCACCAAGACUCCCACUGCGUCCACCACCAAGACUGCCCCGGCCUCGACCUUCACCGGUGCCGCCAACACCAUCAACGGCAAGAUGGCGGGUGGUGCAGCUUUGGCUUUCGCCGGUCUCGCUUUGGCCUUGUAA